AUGCAACCUGAUACACAGAGUCGAUUUCAGGAAUAUGAUCGGGGUUAUUCUGACGAUUGUACAGUGUUGAGAAGCAUUCCAUCGAACAAGUUUUUUUCUCAUCUUCCUAAUAAAGAAGUUUCACAGUUGUCAAAACAAACACAAACUGAUGAAGACUGGUUGGAAAACUUAUUUGAUGAAUUGGGAUGUUAUAAUUCGAGCAGGAACCCACUACAAAAACUAGUGAAAGUGAUAAAAUUACUGUUGGAUAUACGAUCUCCAAAUCCAGUUUUGCUCUCAGCAUUACCGCAACUUGUUGGCUCAUUUUACGGUACUCCACUAAAUCCAGCAGAAGAUCAGAAUUAUCGGAAGACAUGGCGAGAAAUUGUGAGAGAUUAUUGUAGUGCAGAAAUACUUAUUGCACCGUUACCGAAUGGUGAGGAAAUAUUGAUUAAGAAAUAA